CAAAAGUGACAUUCGCGAAACACGGCGUGCCCCGUGCGAUUUGUUGGUAUUAUUGAAAUUUGAUAUGUGAUGCACGAGGCAGUUGAAAGACUUUGAACCGGGUUUGCAUGAUGUCAUCAAGUCAUGCUCUUUCACUUCACCUGAAAAUGUGCAAGCUUGUCGUGGAGGCAUCCGUUGAGGAAAGUACGAGCUGGGGAGACCUGUACAAGCUUUUGCCGCAAUUGCGCCAUGCGCUGGCCUGCACAGUUUGUGGGUGCAUUAUCGAGGAACCAAGAAGUCCAUCAGAUCAGCAUUGUCAACAUAGUGUGUGCAAGAGCUGUGUUGGCGGAAAGAAGCGCUUGAAGCCAUCAUGCAGUUACUGCAAGGACUACCAAUUAUAUGUUCCGAACCAGCAACUGAAGCUCAUCGUUGAUGCCUUCAGGAAGACAUGUCAGUAUCUGCAACAUACUAAAAUAUAUGAAAGGUUAAACUCUUUUUCUCUGAAUGGUGGCAAGUCAAGUCUUGUUGAACUGAUUCAAGAAGGAGCAGACAAUGAGCAACCAAAUGAGUGGGCUGUGAAGGAAGAUGGAGAUACCAUGAGAGAAGUCCCUGUGGUGAAAAGUGAGAUUGUUGACUCAGAACAUUCCUCCAAUGAAGGGGUUUCCUACCAUGCCAACAUCCAUAUAUCCAGCCAAGUGAGUAUGCCUCUGGUCACUUCUCCUCAGAUCAUUCCCUCACCAUCACCUGGCAUUCAGUCACAACCAUGUCCAAGCCCUGAGGUUCAUUUUGCCCAUCAGCCUGUCAUGUCCCAUGUGCCUCCUUCCCCACAACCUCCCUCCUUGCCUCCCCCACCCACAUCGACACCAGUGUCUCAUCCAUUUUACUCCAUGUUCUUUUCAAGUGAUGGAGGAAGAACUGCGAAACUUAAAGCACCCUCAGAGCACCCUAACCACCACAGGCUUCCUGUGGCAGCGGCAUUCAGCCAACCUGCGGAGCGCAUCCCGAGCAGGUUGGGGCCCGUCGGUGGUAUCAGUGGAUCAAGGAUGGUACCCAGGAAGAAGGUGCAGAGGGGCUGCCGAUGUGGAAAUGCAACCCCCACUCCAGGCAAGCUCACUUGCUGUGGACAAAGGUGCCCCUGCUAUGUUGAGUCAAGGGCCUGUCUAGACUGCAAGUGCAGAGGAUGCAGAAAUCCUCACAGGCCUGGUGGGAAAAAAGUGAGACCACAUAUUCCAAAUCAAGAAAGCAUCAAGGUUCAUGAGCUUCACCAACCACUGCACCAGACAGUUGUUCCAGAAGCUGCGCCCAACUCACAGCAGCCUCAGCAGCAGCAGCAGCAGCAGCAGCAGCAGCCUCAGCAGCCUGUGUUCCAGCCCAUGAGGAUAGACUCUCCCCAUCACCCAGCUGGUGGGUUGCCACCAGUCCAUCAUGUCAUUCACAUGCAGCAUCCCAUGUUUCAAGCACCCAUGUUCAUCAACACAGUUCCAGUGGCAACCAUUGCCAAUAGUGUAUUCAUGACAGACUCAUCCCAGAACAGUGAUUCAAUAGAGGUGUGACACAGUGCAUCAUCCUAGGCUUUAGUCUUGCUGCUAACUUACAACAUUACUCAGGCCAUCUUCACUGUGGUGAGUAGAUGUUUGCACUGUUGCUGUGAAUUUGAGCUGUAAGGGUGGGCUGGAGGCUUGAGUAGCGGUGGCUGAAUGGCUUGCUAUGUACAAAUUAAAACUCUGAGUGGAGUUUCUCAUUUGUUAUGUACCUAUCUGAUGUGCCACUGUGCUAGUUCAGAUGCAUUCUUAUGUUCCCUUGUGCUAAAGAUGUGUCUUGCCUGGUACCUUUUAGAAGCAUGACUGAAGUGUAUUGACUUGUCUGGAGAAUGACAGUGGUCUUAUUUGCAGGCACGUACUGAGUAGGACAAGUUUUAACAUUGUCAGCUCUCUGGAUAAUUUUAGCAUUUAUGCAUUGAUUUUCAUCACAUCCAGAACCUUUCGUUAACAAGGCGUCUCAGAAUCCUUAUCAUCGUCACUGUCAAGUUAUGUAUUUGUGUGUGUCAAGCUGGUAUACCUAGUCCAUGUUAUGGACUGUUGCGUACUGUCCAGAAUGGCAUUAGGUUCUUACAAUUAUGUGCAUUUUUGUCCUAUGAUCUUUAUUUGCAUUUUGUUUUCAUCAGGCGGCUUUGCCGAUCCAUCUCAUAGUUACCUUUUAAAGGCAUAAGACUUCUUCCACUCAGGCAUCAGUUGUGAAGAAAUCGAAGUAAUAUAUUGUGCAAUUGUA